CUGACGGCAGGCGUGGUUGUGGCGUGGGGAGAGAAGUUUCUUAGCGCUAUGUCUUGUGGCCCAGAUUUGCGUUAUCCGAAAUUAAAUCGCUCAUUAAACGCGCUCGCAGACUUCUUGGAAAUCCACAAGGAGUUCGUAAACGCUCAUAUGGUCGACUUCUUCACGAAACGACACUGGGAAAACCUAGUAGACGCAGCGAUCGCGGAUGAAUUGCUGAGCAUCUCUGACCAAGUGCUGUCAUCUUUCGGGACGGAGGAAUUCUUCGCUUCUACUUUCGUCAAAGAGCAGAAAGUCCCCGCUCUUGCUGAGCUCUUGGAAGCUGUGAAGAGCCAUACGCUGCCGGCGUUAGGUGCUUGUACGGAAAUGGAUGCAGCGAUUUCAAGAUCCACAUGCGACGCUGUCUUGAGCGAGGCUCAGUUGCGUUUGCAAGAGUGGUGCAUGUCGCGAAAGAAAAACCACGAAGUGGCGAUCAUGGGCAACAUGAUAAAAGCCCUGGGAGACCAGCAUGACACCAGAUACGUUGUGGAUCUGGGCAGCGGCAAGGGCUACCUGUCCGGCAACCUCAUCUCAGCGCACGCCAUGACGGUCCUGGGCAUCGAAAGCGCUGCGGGGAACAAUCAUCGAGCCGAGACCCGUUUCUCCAAGAUCGAGCGGGCCUCGAGAACUAGACGAAACCCCAGCGCCGUUCGGAACGCGACAGUCGCGAGGCUUAGCGCCCAGGACCGGUCCACCGACGAAAGUGCCGAGUCGUGCUCCGACGAAGGCCCGACACCGCCGUCGGGAAACGGCGGCGGACGCUUCCGGACGUUAACCGCGCGAGUGGACGAAGACUUCGAUCUGGGCGAGGCGCUGAAGAAAAGUUUCGAGGACGAGGGCAUCGAUGACGUCAUUCUGUGCGGUCUGCAUACGUGCGGUGACUUGGCGACGAGCGCGCUCAAACUUUUCGUCAGAUGUCCGCGUGCAAAGGUUCUGUGCCUGGUCGGCUGUUGCUAUCAUCUCACCGAAGAAGAGUUCGUCACGCCGCAGAACGGAGGGAAACAAUUUGGAUUUCCCAUGUCCCGAGCGCUGCGGAAGCGAAAGUACGUUCUUGGGCGAAACGCCCGCAUGUUGGCAGCUCAGUGUGCCGAGAGAAACAAGGAGGAAAAAAAGGUUCUCCCAAACUCGCUCUUCUAUCGCGCCCUCUUGCAACUGGUACUCAGCGAGAAGCUGGGCGACGAAGCAGCGUCCUUGGAUCAGGUCAAGGUUGGAAAGCUGGGUUCAGCCUCUUCGAGCUUUACGGACUACGUCUGUAGGGCGCUGAACAAGCUGAAGCUGCGACACGUCGGGAUCACACCGGAUGAAAUUCGAGCCUACGAAGAGGAGUACACGAAACAGCUAAGGAGGUUGACUGCCUUCCAGCAGAUGCGCAUAGCCUUUGCCGCCUGCGUCGAAGCAUUGGUGCUCCUCGACAGGCUAGUCUACCUCCUGGAACAGGAAGCUGUUGCAGACGCCCACAUCGUCCGACUCUUUGAUCCAGUGACGUCACCAAGAUGUUACGCACUUUGCGCCGUCAAGAAAACUGCGCGCGAAAAGUGUUGAUGUGUAGUUUACCUUUAGUACCCAUGCGCCAGAACUUCUUUUGUUUUUACAAACCUCGAAAACUUCGGACAUUCUAUGCACGAACUAAUCUCUACGACAUCACGCGGUGCUGUCCGCUAGCUCAAGUGGGCUAGCGCAUAUGCGUCACUCAUAUAUAUAUAUAUAUAUAUAUAAAUAUAAAAAAGUUUUUGCACAUGCGCGGUUUGGAAGGAAUGAGCUCGUGGCGUGAACUCUGUUCCUCCCCAGAGGUGGAUCAAGAUAGAGGCCGCGAGCGGUUCCGUCCAAUCCGGUACCAGGUGAGCGACCACGUGACCUUAGACUUAGCGUAUCGCUGCGUCCGAUCGCGAGGUCACGUGGCGGGCUCGCGUCGUAUCAUUGAUUCGCGUGACUCGUAGCCUUUUGUUUGGUCCGCCCUUGAUCUAAACAGAGUGUAUAAGGAUUCCCAGUGACGUAUCUCUGCCAUUAUGGUACCUCAGUGGGCUCAAAACCCGCGCUUGCAGCUGCAGAGGCAUCUGGCUUCGCAUACAAUUCGAAGCAUCGUCAGUGGUAUAUCGCGUUGGCGAUAAAGAUUGGCAUCCAUCGACCAUCUAUGAGACUUUUAUAUUGUCGAUGCGCACAUGUGGGAACUGUGCGUGAAAACCGUUCUUUACCUGCCAUCUUUCGUAAUGGGUACACGUAAAUACGGAGGCGUGAAAA